CCGGAAUUAAAGAUGUCUGCUACGGAAGAAGACACGGAGCUAAGAGACCUUCUGAUUCAAAAUUUGGAAAAUAAUGGCGUUCUUAACAAGAUUAAGGCUGAGCUUCGAGCUGCGGUAUUUCUGGCUUUAGAGGAGCAAGAUAAAGUGGAGAACAAAACUCCUCUUGUAAACGAGAAUCUGAAAAAGUGUCUCAGCACUAAAGAUGGGCGCCUUGUGGCCAGUUUAAUCACAGACUUUCUGCAAGUGUUCAAUCUCGACUUCACCCUCGCAGUUUUUCAGCCAGAAAUUAACACGGUAAAUGGACUGGACACCCGUGAAAGUUUGUCCAAGGAGCUCAGCUUCUCUGAAUCCGAGGGGAAUAAGAGCACACCUCUGCUGCUUGAGUUAAUUAAGAGAGGCAGAAACAAGGAGAAGUUCUCCAUCUUCUCUGAGGCAGAUCGGGCGACGCAUAUCCCCAAGGAACCGUCCCCUCGUCAGAUUUCUGAAGCACAAAGAUGUUUCGACAGCAGGCGCAAGGAUAGGAGUGGUGGUUUGGUCAAAGAAGAAGUCCUUGGUGUUUUCUCAGAGCUUUUCCCCAGUUUUAGCAGAGGCAUGCUAGAACGAUUCGUGGCCGAUGAACUCGGAGCCAAAGAUAUAAGUAAUUCUGUAGACUUCCAGGAAUUUUCGGCGCUGUUUAAACAACUUUAUUUGCAGUGCAGAAGUGUGGUUGCCAGUGACGUAAGUGUUGGAGUUCACCCUGCGAGUAAGGUUACCGAGGAGAAGAUCAGUCCACCGCCUACCAGCAAGAUACCCAGGUAUAAGGGAUUUAGAAAGGCCAGUGCAGCGCAGGAAGAGCCGCCUGGGCCUCAGGCUGGAGAACCCCCGAGUCACUGUGAGUCACCGAUCUCCCAGAAGAGCAGAGCUUUUGUAGCCAGCGACGGGUUUAUCACCAGCAGGAACGAACCCGCAGCUCUGAGGAGACCUCUAGACCUAGGCCUGGAGGACGACGACGAGGAAGGGGACUCGUUCUUCGACGAUCCUCUCCCGAAACCUCAGAAGACCUACGGCUGGAGUCAGCACCCGCAGAGGGAGGAGAGCCUGGCAGGGCCGUCCUUUUCCAAAAUGAGGAGGGGUACUAGCCUCAAUGAUCUGUCUGCUAUAGGCAGUGACACUGAGGGUGAAGGAGAGGACAUGUUCUCAGAUGCUGAGAACAAGCCCAGCACUAACUCUGAGUCCAGGAGACUAGGAUCUGCAAAGGCAGCUGGGAUAACUCCUCCAGCCACGACAGAUACCCCACCAUUAACUGGUGCAGAAAACAACCAAAAAGACCCUGUCUCCAGUAAAGACGGUAUAAAAACGUGUACACACCUGGAAAUCGACUACUCCUACCUCGUCUAUAGUGAGUCUAAAGUAAAGGGCGUUCAGGAUCUAAAAACACCGAAGGAGAAAACCGGAUCCCCUCUGCCCACAGGUGAAGAACUCGAUUACGACGAUGACUUCAACAGUCAUAACUCAAAGAGCGAGCUGAGCAUCAGUGAGGAGAUCGAAGAGGCCUCCGUCGAGGGACCGGAUCUGAGUGACAAGCUCGAAGAGAUCACUCAAGACGUGAGCGUGUCCCAGACGAGCCAGGCUGCAGAUUACAUGGAAGACGUGGCGUGACAAGCAGACAACACCUAACACCUUUUUUUUGUGUGUGUGUGUGUGUGUAUUUAUGUACGUAAUUGUGUAAACUACAUGUCAGCAGUUCCUAUUAAACCUCUUUUGUUCACCGUUGA